AUGGUUAAUUUAUUGGUUCCGGGCAAGCAUUUGCCUGCACUAGUGCGCAUCACUCGUCCCAUCUCUCUGCUCCGUGCCGGCGAAGAUCCUUCAAGGACGUCCCGCCCGGCACCUCCUCUACUGGCCGAUGUACCGGCGCAGCUGCGAACAGUUCGCAUACGUAUGGAUGUGGCAGAAGGCGAAGUAGUCAAUGUAGAUGCUGUCGUUCAGGUUCUUUAA